GUGGUCCGGAAAAAUAUUAAAUAAAUUCUUUUUUAGUUAUUUUAUUUCUUCAUUUGCCAUUUUUGUUCUUAUCGUCCAAACUCCUUCCCCAUACGGAAGCCUGAUUUUGCCGUUUCCGACAUCGUCUCUGAUUUUUCCGGUGAAGAAAUAGCCGGUGCCGGAAUAAUAUUAUAUGUAUUUGCACGAACAGAUAUAUACGUGUAUAUAAUUGUUGAUACGUAGAUAUAUAUAUAUAUAUACACACAUACGUACACAUUAGGAGCGGAUGAACUGAGAUGGGGGCUACGGGCUCGAAACUGGAGAAAGCGCUAGGAGACCAGUUUCCGGAAGGCGAGAGGUACUUCGGUCUUGAGAAUUUCGGGAAUACUUGCUAUUGUAACAGCGUGCUUCAGGCACUCUAUUUCUGUGUUCCAUUUCGGGAACAGCUACUGGACUACUAUUCAAAUAACAAAAACCUUGCUGAUGCAGAUGAAAGUCUCUUGACAUGCCUAGCAGACUUAUUUAUGCAGAUUAGCUCACAAAAGAAGAAAACAGGUGUGAUUUCUCCAAGACGCUUUGUGCAGAAACUGAAGAAGCAGAACGAGAUUUUCCGCAGUUAUAUGCAUCAGGAUGCUCACGAAUUCCUUAACUAUUUGCUGAAUGAACUUGUUGACAUACUGGAAAAAGAGUCCAAUGCUGCCAAGAGUGAUCAAGAAAUUUCACCAUCGGAGAAGAUUGCAAAUGGACCAAAGACCACCCUUGCCAAUGGUACUCAUAAGGAACCUCUUGUCACCUGGGUGCACAAAAACUUCCAGGGUAUUUUGACUAAUGAAACAAGGUGCUUAUGUUGUGAGACUGUAACAGCAAGGGAUGAAACAUUUUUUGACUUGAGCCUUGAUAUUGAACAGAACAGUUCAAUAACAAGCUGCCUUAAGAAUUUUAGUUCUACCGAGACUUUGAACGCUGAAGACAAAUUUUUUUGCGACAAGUGCUGCAGUUUGCAGGAGGCCCAAAAGAGAAUGAAGAUUAAGAAGCCGCCCCAUAUCCUAGUGAUCCAUUUGAAGCGAUUCAAGUAUAUAGAACAACUAGGUCGGUACAAGAAGCUAUCUUACCGCGUUGUCUUCCCUCUAGAGCUGAAGUUGAGCAAUACAGUCGAGGAGUUAGACGCAGAAUACUCCUUAUUCGCAGUGGUAGUCCAUGUCGGAAGCGGACCCAACCACGGGCACUAUGUCAGCCUCGUCAAGAGCCAUAACCAUUGGCUUUACUUCGACGACGAGAACGUGGAGAUGAUCGACGAAUCUGCUGUCCAGACGUUUUUCGGAUCAGCACAGGAGUAUUCCAGCAACACGGAUCACGGCUACAUCCUGUUUUACGAAAGCGUAUGUUCUGGCACCACAAGCUGAGAAAAAGAAGUAGCAAUUUUGAAAGCACGAUUCCUGUGUUUUUAGUGUUCCAUUUUCUCCCUUUCAUGUUGUGCCAACAAUCUCCCAAUGUGUACUUCAAAUGAAAUGUGCAAAAUAUAUGUACCCUACCUAGGUUGUUUCCUUGUACAGAGGUGGUAUAAGCUAACCACCUUAAAAUUUUCGAGCAAUAAAUGGGAAAAUAGCUGAAGUAUAUGUUGUA